CGCUUUGGGGUCGAGUUGAUUUCUAUAGUAUAUCGCGCGAACUGACGCUGCUGUGUUUCGCUUACAGAUCUGCGCAGAGACGCGUGUUCUGCACGCUCAGGCGCAGGCAGCGGAGAGCGCUGGAAUGAUAUUCAUGGGCGGUGGACGUAGAAAAUUACCUUUUGUGAUAACGACGAGGGCUUGGAAUUUUCGUGCUCAUCGCCAGGGUCAAUCUCUUUUUACUACACUCUAUUUAUGUUGAUUUGAGAACUCUCCGUCGCUCGCGCAGUUUGGAUUUUCUUUCCAGAAUGGACCGCGUCAAGAGUUCAAUGCAGCAAGUCCCCAACCCGAUUCCCAAAGUGCUCAGCCGUCGCACUGGCGGUGCCAACAGUUUAGAAGCUGAAAAGGAAAACUUCGAGCGUAGUCAGGCAGUGAGCAUCAACAAAGCCAUCAACACACAGGAGAUUGCUGUCAAAGAGAAGCAUGCCAGGACGUGCAUAUUGGGCACGCAUCAUGAGAAGGGGGCUCACACAUUCUGGCUUGCUGUCAACCGCCUGCCCCUUUCCAGCAAUGCAGUGCUCUGCUGGAAAUUUUGCCACGUCUUCCAUAAGCUGCUGAGGGACGGCCAUCCAAAUGUCAUUAAGGACUCCAUGCGGCACAAGGCUGACCUGAACGACAUGAGCAGGAUGUGGGUAAGCGUGUGA